AUCAUUUCCGGAAGGCCCGCCCCCGCUCACCUCCUGGAGAUCCCCGGCAGCCACAGGCCCGCGCCCCCAGUCCCGCCAUGUCUGGAGGGCUUCUGUGCGCGCUGGACAGCGACUCCUAUGUACAGCUCGGCCAGUACCGCGACCAGCACUUCCGGGGCGACAAGAAGGACCAGGAGAAGCUGCUGCAGAAGAGCUGCACCCUGUAUGUGGGCAACCUGUCCUUCUACACCACUGAGGAGCAGAUCUACGAGCUCUUCGGCAAGAGCGGUGACAUCAAGAAGAUUGUCAUGGGCCUGGACAAGGUCAAGAAGACGGCCUGCGGCUUCUGCUUCGUGGAGUACUACUGCCGAGCAGACGCCGAAAAUGCCAUGCGCUACAUCAACGGCACCCGCCUGGACGACCGCAUCAUCCGCACGGACUGGGAUGCCGGCUUCAAGGAGGGCCGGCAGUAUGGCCGGGGAAGGUCAGGGGGGCAGGUUCGAGAUGAGUAUCGGAAGGACUACGACGCCGGCAGAGGCGGCUACGGGAAGAUGUGCAAAGUGACCGAGUGACGGCGGCCCCUCGGGUCCACGCCGAAGGCGUCCGGCCGGGGCCUCCCGAUUCCCUGCCGCCACGCCGAUCCGGCCCCCGGCCUCUCCUUGGCUUUUCCAUGGCCGGUCCGUGGGGCCCGGCAGAGCAGAGAAGGAGCCGCAGGCCCGAACCCCUCGGGGCGCCACUUCCCUUCGAGCCAGGCUUGCUGCAACCCUUUUGCAUGGCUUCGGGGCUUGGCGGCCUCCUUCAGGCCUCCAGCCGCGCUGUCCCCUUGUCCCCUCGUUGGGGACUUUUCUCCGGGCGCUCCCCCGAGAGAUCCCAUUUUCCCAGGGUGGCUCCUCGCCCACCAGGAGACGCAGCGGAGGAGGGACUCCCAAAGCCGUUCGGCCUCGGCUCGCGGGCUCAGAGGAUGUUCUGGAGGAACCGUGAAGGGGCCCACGAGGUGCUGCAGGGUCUCACCGGGAGCCGGUCCCAAGAGGCCUUCAUGCGAGGAAAACCACCUCCGUCCUGUUCCCGGGGCCCGGAGGGAGGAGCUCCGGGGAAAGCGCGAAGGAGGCGGCUAAACGGAGUCUCUGUUCAUCUUCACUCUCUCGUGUUCUCGCCUCCUGUCAAUAAAUCAUGCUCACU